UAUUAUCAUCAUAGGAUUUUCAAGAUUUGGAAAUUUUCAACAAUAUGGCCACCAUCAAUCAUAUCGAUGAUAAUAAUUUUAUAUGCUACCGUAUUCACUAUAAUCAAUUGUCAAUGUCCAUGGCCACGAACACCAAUACAUGUAUCAUUACAUUCAGAUUGUGUUUGUGGUUAUUCAAAUGUACGACGUCUUUCGGUACAAUGUUCACCGAUGGCAAAUUUUAGCCAAUUAUUAGAGGUAUUAAAUUCACCAUCCGUACAACGAUUACCGAUCGAUUUAUUAUAUAUAAAUAAUGCAACCGGAUUAAGUAUUUUACCAAAAAAUGCAUUCAAAAAAUUAGAUAUUCAACAAUUACAUUUGGCUAAUACAUUUUUGGAAAAAAUUGAUAAAGAUGCAUUCGCUGGUUUGGAAAAUAAACUAAAUAGUUUAACAUUACAAAAUACUGGUUUGAAAGAAAUACCGGCAACUAUAAAAACAUUAAAAUCAUUAAAAACACUUGAUUUAUCAAAUAAUCGUAUUCGUCGUAUACGGCCACAAGCAUUUGAAGAUUUAAAUCAAUUAUCAACAUUACGAUUAGCAUUUAAUCAUGAUAUUCAUCUUGAUAUUAAUUCAUUUAAUGGUCUUGGUCGUACAUUAAAAAAUUUAAAUCUAAAAGGAAUCAAUCUGAAACACAUUCCGGAUGCAAUAUUAAAUCUAACUGAAUUAGCAUUUUUAGAUUUGGCACAGAAUAAAAUUGAAGAAAUUAAACCAAGAAUGUUUCGUAAUCAUCAUCUACUGACAGCAUUAUCAUUGGAAAGAAAUCUAAUACGUUCAAUGCAUCCAGAUACAUUUGUUGGUCUUAAUGAUUCACUUAGUUCACUUUCAUUAUUGAAUAAUAUGUUGAUUGAAUUUCCUUUGUUAGCAUUAAGUAAACUUACUGGAUUAAGGGUUCUUGAUUUAGGUUUCAAUGCUAUUCGUCAAUUACCCGAACAAUCAUUUCGUUCAAAUGAAUUAUUAACAUUAUUAGCAUUGGAUGGUAAUCCAUUAAAAACAUUAUCAUUACAAACAUUUAAACAUUUAAAUAAUUCAUUACGUGGUUUAAGUAUUGGUGGAAAAUUUUUUGAAUGUGAUUGUAAAAUACGUUGGUUAGCUGAAUGGUCACGUGAAUAUAGUUUACAGAUAACAAGUCGUGAAAGAAAUCCACAAUUUUGUUCAAGGCCACCACAUUUACGUAAUAAAUUAUUUACCAAUAUUGAUUUGGAUGAUUUUGUUUGUCCACCAUUGGUUUCGAUUAAUAAUCCAAUAUUAUCACCGAUAACAUUGAUUCCAAUGACAACAACAACAACGACGACAAUCAAAAUGAAUCCUACAUCACCAACUCCAAAACCAUCGACAGCCACAACGAUGAUAUCAACAACAACAACAACAACAAAGAAAAUAACCACACCGUUAACGACAACUACAUCGAAAUCUACGCAAACUGAAAAUUCAUCAUCAUUAGCAAAUGUUGUAACCAGUUAUGUUCAUGUUGUACCGAUGAUUAAUGAGGAAAAAAUUGAUCAAUUUUCACCAACAACUCGUGCAACAACAUUGAAUAAUAAUAAUAAUGUUUCACAAUGGAAUAAUAAAUCUUGGCAAUCACCAACAUCAACUAUUCGAUCUUCUUCAUCGAAUUCAAAUCAUCAUCAUCAUCAUCAUCACCAACAUCAAUCAAUUGGUCCGGCAACAUUAAAAUUAACCGAUGUAACAUAUAGAAAUGGAUCGAUACAUUUACGUUGGGAAACAUUACGACCAAGUCAAUUAGGAUAUCAAAUACUUUAUCGAUAUUUUGGUUCAAAAGAAUUUUAUCGUUCUGAACUUUUAAUACCAUUAACAAAUAGUUAUACUAUUGAUAAAUAUAUUGCACCGAAUGAAUUGAUUAUUGUUUGUGUUGUUAAUCUUGAUUUAAAUGAUCCGGAAAUAAAUAAUUAUGAUGAAGAAGGUGAAAAUAUUAUACCAAAUGGUCAAUGUAAAGAAUUGAAUACACGAGAACCAAUUGUAAAGAAAACAAUGCCAACAAUACGUACUACUGGUUUGUCGUCUGGUACACCACCAACAACAACAUUAUCAUCAUCAUUUUAUCCAACAUUAAAACGAUUAAAUGAUAUUGAUAAAAUUGUUAUAGGAAUAUCGGCUGCCGUUUGUUUAUUUAUUAUAAUUGCUGUAUUAAUAUUUAGCUGUUGUUUUUAUCGUUCAUCAUCAAAAGAUUCACCAUUACGAACAUUAUCAACAAAUGCUACUUGUUUAUCAACAAAAUCAUUAUCACCAUUAGCUAAAUCAACAUUUGAUCAUGAAUGGGAAACUGUUUCGGUUUAUAGUACAAGAAGUAUUCCAAGAGCACGUAUUACACAUACAAUACCUAUUGGUCCACAACCAACAGAUACAUUACGAUCAUCAUCACAUCAUCAUCAUAAUGGUUAUACACAUCCUGUAUCACGUUAUAUUGGAUCAACAUUACCUCCUCCACCACCACAGCCGUUAACAUUACAAAAAUCAACAAAUUUCAAUAGUCCAUGGUUAGAAAGUUAUCUACAUCAUUAUCCAUCAGUAAAUCAUUUACAUGCAAUUAGUUAUGGAACAUUGGUUACUGCAAAUGGUGGGGGUGGUGGUGGUGGUGCAUCAAUACCAUAUGUAACACAUAAUGGUCAAUAUAGUAUGGAUACAUUUAAUAAUGGUCAUCUAAUUGAACGUAAUAAAUCAAAUCAUCAUCAUCAAAAGCAACAUCAACAACAAUCAUCAUCAUCUAAAUUGGAAAAAAAUCGUCAACAACAACAACGACAACAAUAUUCAAAAAGCCAUAUUGAUCUACGUAGUAAUACCGAUAGUAAUGGUAGUAGUAAUGGUGGUUGUAGUUCAAAUCGAAUGUUAUUAUCAUCAACAAGUACAGCUAGUAAUUCAUAUCAAUCACAAAAUGAUUAUGAUUCUGAUCAUCAUCAUCAUCCAAAUCAUCAAUAUUGGAAUAAUUCACAUCAUCAUCAACAACAACAACAAUCACAUCGAACAAUGACACCAAUUCUAUUAAUUUAA